AUGACGCGAAACAAACCAAAUCCUAUACUUCCAGCGGCGGGAGUCCGCAGGAAAACAGCAGCUGGACGCGGCACUGGCCCUAAUGGGCUACAUGACGGCGGGUCUUUAAACCCUGACCAUUCUGGGAGGGACCAGCCUGACUCCAGAGCCAAGACCACUGUGCAACUGUUGAAAUGUAAGAGGAACCUCACCUUCUCAACAUUCAACGCUUGUACUAUACGGGAGAUGUCUAGAGCUACGGCUAGCUGUAGCAGGAGAUGUAGUGUAGAUGUACUUGGCAUACAGGAGCACAGACGUGUUCAUCCUGACGAGGAGAUCCGUUUCGACAUGGUUAAAGGGGUGGAUCUCAUCACAUCCUCUGCGUGGAGAAACCCAACCACCAGGGCUGCGGUAGGAGGAGUCGGACUACUGCUCAGCAGGCGGGCAAGGAAGGCACUCCAGAGUGUCAACUCUCUCAGUCCACGCGUCCUCGUCGCUACAUUUGAUGGCAACCCUGCCACCACAGUAGUAGUGGCCUCCUCACCCCACAACCACAGUGAGGAGGCUGAUGUUGAACAGUUCUACCUGGAUCUCCGAGCAGUAGCUGAACAGGUGCCUGUGCAUCACUUCCUUACCUUUCUCGGCGACUUCAAUGCCUGGAUAGGGAGAGACGAUGCACUCUUUACAUACCAUGAUGAGACGAACCGGAACGGGGAACAUUUGGUCAGCUUUAUCGAGGAACACAAUCUACUCGCGGCUAAUACCAUGUUCCAGAAACGGCCUAGCAAAUUCUGGACCCACAAGGACAGAGCUUCUGAUGACAAGUGUCAACUAAAUUACAUCUUGGUACGACGUAAAUGGCGUAACAGUGUAGUUAACGCUGAAGCGUUCAGCACGUUUGAAACUGUCAAUUCGGAUCACCGGGUUGUAUCAAUGAAAGUGAAGCUCAGUCUUAGACGGCCGAAGGCAAGCAAACCUAAGGAGAGGGUAGACUGGAGAAUGUUUUCGACGCACGCUGAACUUUAAGCCCAGUAUACAGUGGAGGUCAAGAACCGAUACCAUAUGCUGUUGAAUGACGAGGGAGUAGAAGAGGACGGAGAGGAGGCAGAAGAAGGCGGGGAAGAGAGGGCAACAGCUCGCUACAAAUUUUUUGUUGAAGCCAACCAGGAGGCCAUGCAGAGCAUGCCCAAGGUGAAGCAAAAGCGACGCUUGCGGCACUCGGAGCAUCCGGACGUUGUCGCGGCACGGAGGACAGCUGACGACUGCCACAAACCCUCACACGCGAGAAAACAGACGUGCGGAAGGACGAGCUCAGAGCAGCUAAGUUACAUCUGUUCCAAGUGUAUGACAGGCUUAGGGAUGGGGAGAUUGACGAGAAGGUGAAGCAAAUCGAGGAGGCUACUGGAGGGAAGCGACAUGGCGUGGCGUGGAAGAUAGUAAAUGAUAUCACCGGACGGACGGAAGCUAAGUCGGGGCAGGUUAAUGGCAACAGCCCACAGGACCGCAUCAACACAUGGCACACCCAUUUCAAGUCCUUGCUUGGUCAACCUCCAACAGUCACGGACGAGGACGAGGGUAUCGAGACCG